AUGCCACACCACGCAGUCAUCAUGAAGAAGCCAACCAAAGAUGACAUCUAUGCCUAUGCUCUGUCCAAGACUCUGACAAAAGUUUCAUCACCUGCAACUGUAGGACUCUACUCAUCAUGUGAGAAUCGAACAAGCAUGAUCCUGAAACAAAUGGAAGUUUACAUGAAGAAGGAGUCUGUAAGGAUUGAACGGGAAUAUGAAGGGAGAUCCAAACCUCGCCCUGCCCAUCCCUCAGUCUCUGACUUUCUCGCACUCAUAAGCAAACUGCUUUUCUACAGACCCAUUUGGACCAAAGAGAACCAGCAGCACCACAACGUCAGAUUUAUUUAUGUACAUUUCAGUGCCUGGCACUUUGCAGGCAGUGACCUGCUGUGGGCUGGGAUUGUGAUACGGCUGUUGCAUGCCAUGCAGAUGAGCUUUGGGAAAUUACAGCUUGUGCUGUACCGUGUAGCUCAACAUGAUGAGGAGGAGGAAGUCAUGAAGAAGGUGGUGGAGGACGGUCAUAAUGACUGGAGGUCCAAAAAAAUUUGCUGCUGCCCUCUUUGGUUCCUCGUCCUGUUCAUUCUCAUUUUACCAAUUGUAAUCCUGGUCGUCAUGUUGACUUUUGGCCCUCCCACACCUGAGCUGGAACCAGACGAGGAGGUGACUAAAACAAACGGACAGGUAGGGGUUCUGGAGGGUCUGUUCAUCGCUGCGUUAGGAGUCCCUGCAGCGAGCGCGUUGAGGUUUGCCUGCCAGAUGGGAAAGAACCUCAUCUUCAGCCAGGACCUGAACCUAAAGAAGGGGAUGGACAACGAGAAGGUCAGCUGCAAAAUGGGCUUCAUGAAUGAAGUGAGGAAGGAAAUGUGGUUUCUGUCUCGAUUCAUCCAGUUCAUGGAGGUGUUCGAGAGGAGGAGGAUCAGAGUGGUGCUGAAGAUCACCAACCUGGACCGAUGCUCCCCAAAGAAGAUUGUUGCCGUUCUGGAUGCCAUCAACAUUCUGCUCUCAGAAGAAGACAGUCCGUUUAUUUCCAUUCUGGCUGUCAACCCUGAUAUUCUUGUACAGAAGGUGAACUUUGCAGAUGGUGUCUUCAGCAAAGAGGACAGAGCGUACGCACUGUUGAACUGCAUCGUGACUCUGGCCUUCACGGUCCCUCCGCUAGGAGACGACUCAAAGCGCAGUUUGUUUAACAGCCUGACCAGAAAUGUAAAAGUGACAAGUAGAGGUGGGGGUUGCAAUAAGAAGUCUUCCUCAGAUGUGUCCUUAGUGGAGAUUGUAUUUGAUACCAAAGAGUCAAAGCCAUUGAUUGAUAAAACUACAGCAGUGCCAGAUGUCAAUGAGGAUGAAGUAGAGAAGUUGGUGUGGAGCAUCUUGAACAGCAAUGAAAAAAAUCUGAACCAGUACAUGGUGGAUGAUGCCAUGUCCAUGAGGAGGGUGAUCAAUUCCAUCAGAGUGACGGUGAUUAUCAUGAAGGCCUUAAAUAAAGAGCUUCCUCAACCAGAAUACAUUGCAGCAUGGGUGGUCUUGGCCAAUGAGUGGCCAUGCCGCCUCAGCUGGAUCAUUCAGUGUGUUGAAGACGCACAGCAGAGAACAGACAUCGAUGGAAAGAAAGCACCCAAUGCUGAUGAGUCAAAGACCUUAUGGGAAGUCUUCAGUGAGUCCAGGGCGGAGUUAUAUGUGAUGAGUCCACAGAUCGAAGACCUCCUUGAGCAGGAUGAAGAUCCUGAGAUGUUUGAGAGGUUUCUUAAAGUAGAUUACAGAUUCACUGUGAAGGAUCUGAUGACAUUUGUAGAGACGACGGUGAACCUGGAUCACUCAAUCAGAAAGGAGUUGGCUCAGAUCAGAGGGACAUCCAGGCUGAAAGAUUCAGGCUGGAUGAGAGACCUCGCUCCUCUGCCAAUCACAUCCAUCAUCAAAAUGGACAAAGAGGAUGUUUGUGAAGAGUUAAAGAGGUUGGAAUAUCCUGAUAAGUAUAUUGAUAUUGUGAGAAGCAAUAACCUCAGUGGUCCAGCACUGGUCUUUGGUGAUGCAGCUGACCUUAAGAACCUGCUAAAUAUGACCUUCGGUGAAUGGGCGACAUUCAGACUGCACUUCCUUCCACACUCACCAUCACAUCUCCGAUCGAAAUACAAGAAAACAUCAAUGAUGCUUUCUCCCCCUCAGAACCAGCUGUCAAGGUUAUAUGCUGCCCAGCAUUACUCGUCCAACCUUAGUCUGGGUAAGAACUGCAUGUAA